AAAAUGUUCAAGAAGUUCAGCAACGAAGAGGUUAAAGAUAAGAGUAAGAUCAAAUCUUCACAGCAGCGAGCCAUUCGCCAGGCCAUCCAGGAUCAGUAUCCGUCGCUGGAUCCUUACUUCGAGAAUGUGAUGCCAAAGAAGUCAGAGAUCCAGCUCGCCAAGUGCGAGGGCAAAAUCAAUCUUGUCAUGAUCGACGGAGAACCAGUCUUCUACAACGUACGCGAUGGGCCCUACUACCCGACCCUCCGCGUCCACCACCAGUACCCGUUCAUGAUGCCUACAAUGCGAGUGGACAAGGGAGCUAUCAAGUUCGUUCUGUCCGGAGCGAACAUCAUGUGCCCAGGUCUCACCCACAAGAAUGUUGUUGAGGAGCUUGCGAACAAGCCCGUCGACAACAACACGCCAGUCGCCAUCCUUGCUGAGGGCAAGGAGCAUGCGCUUGCCAUUGGACAUACACAGAUGAGUAGUCAAGACAUCAUACAGGUCAACAAGGGGAUUGGGGUGAAUGUUGUGCAUCACCUCAACGACGGUCUGUGGAAGACACCCAAACUUGACUGACCCGAGCUCCUCCUCCUUCUCCUGUGCCCUCUCCUCCCUCCAUCGCUACCGCCUAUCUCGAUACAGCUCUUCUUCUUGCUACUUGCCUGCUGUGUUUCCUCCCUCCCAUGUUUCAUCUCACUUGCCCCCCCCCCCCCCUUUCUCUCUC